AAAGUGAGCGGACAGCCGCCGCUCACCGGCUGGUGUUAUGUAAUUUCCACAACUGAGCUGAAGCGACCAUGCAGUCAUUAAAAUGUCAGGUCCUAAAGCAGCUGUUCCGUCGUUUAUGUUUUGACUCUGGCAAAAGGGUGCUUCAGAAAGGCAUGAAUGACUUUGCAGUUCUCAACACGGGGCGGAAGAUGCCCCUGCUUGGGCUGGGAACUUGGAAGAGUGAUCCAGGAAAGGUCAAACAAGCAGUUAUUUGGGCCUUGGAGACUGGAUAUCGCCACAUCGACUGUGCAGCCAUUUAUGGCAAUGAGGUCGAGAUUGGAGAAGCCCUACAGGAGACUCUUGGCCCCAACAAGUCGCUGAGGCGAGAGGACGUGUUCAUCACAUCCAAGCUGUGGAACACCCGACAUCACCCUGAAGACGUGGAGCCGGCGCUGCUGAAGACCCUGAAGGACCUGAAGCUGGAGUACCUGGACCUCUACCUCAUCCACUGGCCCUAUGCCUUCCAACGAGGAGAUGUUACUUUCCCCAGAGGGGAGGAUGGCACCCUGCUAUACGACAACAUAGACUACAAGCUGACCUGGGCUGCCAUGGAGAAGCUGGUGGGGAAGGGUCUUGUCCGAUCCAUCGGCCUGUCCAACUUCAACAGUCGGCAGAUAGAUGACAUCCUGUCUGUCGCCAGCAUCAAACCAACUGUCCUGCAGGUAGAGAGCCAUCCCUAUUUGGCCCAGGUAGAGCUGUUGGCCCACUGUCGGGACCGGGGCCUGGUGAUGACGGCCUACAGCCCUCUGGGCUCCCCGGACCGAGCCUGGAAACAUCCAGAUGAACCCGUUCUGCUUCAGGAGCCUGUGAUCGCCUCCCUCGCAGAGAAAUAUAAAAGGAGCCCAGCUCAGAUUAUUCUGAGGUGGCAGACACAGCGAGGAGUGGUAACCAUCCCCAAGAGUGUGACAGAGUCACGCAUCAAAGAAAACAUUCAGGUGUUUGACUUUACCCUUGAGGCAGAGGAAAUGAAAAGCAUUACUGCACUGAACAAAGGCUGGCGCUACAUUGUACCAAUGAUUGAAGUGGAGGGAAAGCGUGUUCCCAGGGAUGCAGGACAUCCUCACUACCCUUUCAACGACCCCUACUGACGACUCACUCUGCCGCCUGAAUCUGUGCCUUCAACAAGCCCCAUCCACGCCACGUCACCCUCCCCACGUCACUCAUCCUGACUUUAGAAUUUGUCUUUAGAUCAUAUCAAAUCCUGCACGUUUCAUUCGAACAUGUCAGAAGUUACUGUUGGUGAUGAAGAUGGGAAAACCUGGUAUGACUGUAUACAUACUUUACGUGUUAUUUUUUAAAUAAACUUUUUGUUACUUCA